CAGUCAAAGGCCAUCAACAGAGAAGACGACAGCAAACAACAUUGAUCAGAAGCUUGCCUAACCUCUAUCCACUACCAUUUUAUUAGUUAUUUUUAUGAUAUUAUAGAAUAUUUUAACUGAGAAAAUGUUGGAAAUAGAUGAAGAUGCAAUUUCAAAUAAAUUACAAUUCUUGAAAGAUGAAUCUCAAGACACAAGUAUACCAUGGUUAAAUCCAUCCACAAUACCAAAUCAAACUCCACGAAAAAGAGUAGAUCCUUUUCCAGGAGCUUGUAUAAAGUGUUUUAGCAUGGAAGGUGAAAAAUUAUUUGUAAAUGUAUGCCAUUCCAAAGAAAUCGCUGCACCGGAUGAUAUAUCUGAUGAACAAUUUUCUCAAAUGAUAACUGGAGAUGACAACCCUUUUGUGAUUCCAAUGGCUAUUGGUUUUGAAAAAAAAUCUAAAGAUAAAGACGAAGUGGAAAGAAAAACUUUCGAUAUUCUACUAAAUACACAGUACUUUCAAAAAUGUAUGACAAAAAAGCCUUUUUGGUACUUUACAAUUUCUGCGAUAAUAGAAUCUAUCAAUGAUAAAUACAAAAUGAACAUAGAUAAUUCAAAAUAUGUAGUUUUAAAAAACAAAAAGGUAAUGGGAAGUUUAGAUACAUUUGUUAUUGAAGAUAGAAAACCAAAAAAACCUGUGAUAAAGAAACCUUUGAUACAAGAAGUUCAUCAUCAACAAAUUAAGCCAGCUGUAAAAGAAAAAAUAGAUUCUACACUAAAUCAAGAUUUGAAUCUUUCAGAAAAUGAUAACUAUAAAAAAAAUUUGAAAUCGCAAAAUUAUGUUAUUCUCAAAGCAUCUGACCAAAAAUACCUGAAUGGUUACUUUUACUUACCGUUAUCAAAUUUAAAUGAUAUACUUAUAGAUGUUGGAGAAAAUAGAAUAAUAGUUGAAAACCAAAAAUUAGAACUUCUAAUUGAUUCUUAUUUACCAUGCAGCAUAGAUAAUUUCGAGGUUACAGCAAAUUAUGAUAACAAAUUACAAAUAUUACAUUUACUUCUACCACUAAAAGAUAACUCUGUUUAGUGAAAAAAAUUUUAAUUUCAAAGUUUUAAUACAUUACUAAUGAGAUGUAAAACAAGAAAUAAAUAACCAUGUACAGUUUCGCAAUAAAUGGCUAGUUUAGAGUUGUGAGA